CUGUGGUGAAACGCAGCAGAGCAGUUGGUCGGUCUCCAGCUUCCUGCAGGACCCAGAUGAGCCCGGAGUCCCGCUGUUAACCCGCGUUACGGUGAGAUAUCCCGGUCUGUCCCGGGUUCUCCCGCCGUCUGCUGGAAUGCGGCCUCCUCGUCUCCUCCUGACCCUCCUGCACUGACUUCCUGCCGCCAUGGCUGAGCUCAGAAGCAGGAAGCCUGAAGCCCUGGAAGGAGAAGAUGAAGUAGAGAGCGGAUGUGUGGCCCCGGAGGAGGCAGAGGAGGAGAGGAGAGGGUCCAGAGGUGAUGAAGAUGCGCAGGAAGAGACACACAGGGUCCAGCCAUCCAAGCAGAACUCUGCUGCAGCAGGCUUCCUGCAGACUCUGCUGAGGAUGUUCUUCGGGUUCCUGGCAGCUGUGGCCUGCGGGAUGCUCUACGCCGGCUACCUGUCUGGGUACCACGACAGGAAGUUCUGGUUCUCCACCCGGCAGGAGCUGGAGCGGGAGAUCUCCUUCCCAGGAGGCAGCGGGCUCUACUAUCACUACUACAAGCGGAUGCUGGCGGCGCCGUCCUUCAUCAGAGGGUUCUAUGAGCUGACGGUGGACAACAGCACCGUUUCAGGCCAGACCUUCAACGCCGUGGAGCGUUUGUUUCUGUAUCCAGAGCUCAUCACCAGCUUCAUCUACCGGAUCACAGACAGUCAGGAUUACGUGGAGCCGGUCUUCUUCUACCUGGGCACGGUGUUCGGCCUGCAGGCCGUCUGCGUCACGGCGCUGUUCGUCUGCAGCUGGCUGCUGAGCGGCACCUGCGUGGCCGGCAUGCUGGCCGUGUCCUGGUUCGUCCUGAACAGGCCCGACGCCACCAGAGUGGACCAGGGGGUUCCUCUGAGGGAGAACUGGGCUCUGCCCUACUUCUCCUGUCAGGUGGCGGCUCUGACCGGGUUCCUGAGCAACAACAUCAGUUCUGCCUCGGAGAUGUUCUGCUACCUCACCAUGAGCGCCACCACCUUCACCUUCCUGCUGCUCUGGGAACACGGACACUACGUUCUGUUCGUCCAGGGCCUCUGCCUCUUCCUGCUCGACUCGCUGGACCUGGUUCCGCAUCGCAAGACGGCCGACAUCAGCAAGGUGUACCUGAGCUCCCUGUUCCUGGCCUACCUGUUCCAGUUCCAGAACGCCGCCCUGCUCAGCUCUCCUCUGCUCAGCCUCCUGAUUGGCUCGGCGCUCGCCAGGUACUUCCAGAGGAGGAUGAAGAUGGGUCCUCUGGUAGCCAGAGUGAUGAAGCUGCUCCUGCACUUCCACCUGGUCUUCACCUCGGGGUUCACCUUCAGCUACCUGGUCAAGAAGCUUUCACCCGUCGGCCACGGCGACUUCACCCUGAAGCUCCUGGAGGCGAAGUUUGGGCUGAACACGACGACAGACUUCGUCACCAACUUCCUGCUGUGCCAGGACGGGCUGCGGGCGUCCGGGCAGGACCUGUUCCUGCGGCUGACCCAGACCUCGGUGCUUCCCUUCUACGUCCUGGUCCUGGCCGUCUGCCUGCUGUCCACCCUGCAGACCGUCGUCAGGAGGCUCAGCGGUCAGCCAAUCAGCAGCGGCCUCAGACUGCAGGACGGACGAAUCGGGGAGCAGCCUGCCGUCAUCUACCACGUGUUCCACAGCGUGUUCUUCGGUCUGCUGACGCUGCUGUUUGACGGGGUCAAGUAUUUAUGGACGCCGUACGUCUGCAUGUUCACGGCGUUCGGCGUGUGCUCGCCGGACCUCUGGAUGACCGUGUUCAAGUGGCUGCGGCUGAAGUCCGUCCAUCCCAUAGUGUUGUCUCUGAUUCUGAGCACGGCGGUACCGACCAUCAUCGGCUUCACGCUGUGGAGAGAGUAUUACCCCCGGGUCCUGGCGGAGCUGGCGGACCUGCAGGAGUUCCACGACCCGGACCUGGUGGAGCUGAUCGGCUGGAUCAGGUCUCAGGCUCCGGCGGCGGCCGUGUUCGCCGGCAGCCCUCUGCUGCUGGGAACCGUCAAGCUUUGCUCCGGUUCCGUCGUCACCAGUUUACCGCUUUACUCCGACGUCGGCCUGCUGAGGAGGACGGAAGAUACCUACCAGGUGUACGCCCUGAGGUCGGCCGAGGACGUCUACAAGCGGCUGGCGGCCCAGAAGACGACCUACGUCAUCGUGGAGGAGUCCAUCUGCAACGACAUCCAGCGCAGGAAGGGCUGCCGGGUCAAAGAUCUGCUCGACGUCGCCAACAGACACGUCGUCCACGACCGGGCCCAGGUGUUCUCCUCCUCCAAACACGGACGCUUCUGCCAGGAGAUCAAGAUGAACUACUCGCCCUACACCAACUACUUCACCCGCGUGUUCUGGAACCGCUCGUUCCACGUCUACAGAGUCAACGCCGUCAUCUCCUUCCAGUACUGACCGCAGAACCUCCGUGGUUCUGGAUGCCUGGACACUUUCAUCAAGGGCCCGGAGGCCACCAGGGUCCCGGUUCUGUAGCUUUAAAACCCUGUUAGAACUUUAGAGAACAUGAAGGGAGCUCGGUUCUGAGUGUUUGAAGCUUUGGGUCCGGCCCGCGUUCUACGGCCACUCAGGACGGUGCUUAAUGGAGUUUUAACACUUCCGGUGAUGCGUUGGACUCGCUGUGAACUCGCUGCACAGGCGUGGCUCUGUGCAAAAGUUACGGGUCAGAAUAUUGACCAGAACACGGUCCGGAACCGGACCGAACAUGUGAGCAAAAGCAGCCAGAGUCCAAAGAGCUUCAGGAAACCUGCAGAACUGUUGAUCUGGAACAUCUUAGCAGAUUACAUGGGAGAGCUGCUGAGAAAUGAAGCGCUGCCUCCACCAAUCAGCAGAUUUCCUGAACAUUUGGGCCGGAGGGGAACCAGACAACAGGAAGGUUCUGAACAGGAAACUCUCUGGUUCUGUUUCCUGAUCCAAACGGAGCUUAAACUAGAACCCUGCAGACCAUAGAGGCAAAUGGUCGGGUUUCUGAUGCAACGUCUCUGAAUUUCUUCUGCUCUGCCGUAACGGAUUAGUCAUGAAAAUGUGGGACUGAUUCUCUUACAUUCAUGUGGAUCUGUGGACCCAGAAGGUUCUGACUCUGAUGGUUCUGCUACUUUGUGGGAUGCUGCCCAGGAAAGGAGGGAUUUGCCACAGCAACCAGUGACGCAGCAUCUUCACACCUCCUCUGGACCUAUCUGGAUCUUUGUUUGGGUUUUCGGUGAUGAUGAUGAUGAUGAUGAUGAUGAUGAUGAUGAUGAUGAUGAAUCAGCGCUGAGGAUUGGGUCCCUUCGUCAGCUUCAGUUGUGCCUUCUGCUCUCGUCUUAUUUUUAACUCCAGUCUUAGUUUCCUAUAAUGAAGGAUUGUUAAAUCUAACCUGCAGAAAUGAUCGAGAAUUACUGAGAUAAUAAGCAAAAUAAAACACAAUAUUAUAAAUCAUGUGAAAUAA